AAGUAAGACGCAUUUCUAGUAAUAUCUCAGAUGGUAGUUACAACCCGUGUGCAGCAGGCCACAGACAUGCAGAACUUCUUGAAAAAUGUGUGGGCCUUCCAGGCCCUGUGUCAACAUGCGGUCGUGAGGUGACUCAAACUCUUGACAUUGCCCAAGCUGGUGGAGACGAAGUGGUGACUGCUCUGCAAUGAAGCUUUCCCUAUGCAUCUGGAAGAAAGCAGUGACGGCGCUCGUGUUUCUCUACGUCGAUGUCCCUUCGUUGAGUCCCUCCCGUUGUACACAAGUCAGUGCGUCAUCUUCAUCACCAACGAGGCAAGUCAGUGCGUCGUCACUAUUCGGUGAAAAAAAUGUCGAACUUACCACAGCACAACAUUUUCCCAGCGACAGCUCCGCCUCUCCCGCCGCUGCGAGAACGUCCAAGAUCGCAGAAAAGUCUCUGUGGAUCUUCGCAGACGCGGCGGGCCUGGCCCCGCACGCGAUGGACGUUGAUGACGAUGUGGCUGUGUCGAUGUUGGUGUCCCAACACAAAUACCCAGUGGCCGGCAUUACGGCGACCUAUGGAAACGCUCCAACCAAGGUCUGCUACGAAAAUCUGAAGAUUCUGUUGCACCGGCUAGACACGGGUCGAAAGAUGCUGACGACGGUGGCACGAGCAGAGACAACUACUGGUGAAGUGGCUCGAGAAGAUGAGCAGCACUACCUUCAUAGUGCGAAAACUGCCCAUAAUGUUGAUCUACCACGCCUUCUGUACCGCGCCGACGAGUGUGCGUUGCCCUUGAUUCCCGGCUUGUGUCGCGAUUUCGGAAAUGAGGAGAAAGAUGCGGAAAACGACAGUGACGCUGCGUUCGUCGAGCAUCUGCAAAACAGUCAAAAUAACAGCGUGAUCGUCGUGAUUCUCGGGCCCACUUCCGCGUUCACCGCGGCGUUGCGGCGGGCAACGAAUUUAUCCACUGCGUCUACAACUCCGCGAUCACCUUCCAUGAUGAAGAACCUGCCACCAGCUCCGACCACCACCAUGGACUCCCUCCUGAAGAAGCUGGACAGUGUGCAUUUCGUGGGCGGGAGUUUGGUUCCGUUGCACGAACGGAAUCUGGUCCAGGAGCACGUUUCGCUUUUCUACCACCUGGGAGAGAGUCGUGCGUUUCUGGAAGACUUUCUGCGCGACAUGCCAACGGUCAGAAAAGUCAUGUACACGAGCCAAACGCUGAGCGAGGUCCAGGUGUACGAUGAAGCUCUGCUCCGCAGAAUCCACUGCAGUGUAUCGAAAGGAAAAAUCCCCCCUCCCCAUAUCAAAACGGAAUUUCUGUACACAAAUCAGCUUUGUAUUGCAGGGCGGCAUUGCGGCCAGAUCCCCAGGCUAGGUAGGGGCGUAUGGGUCUAGUUGUUCAGCGUGGCAAGCGGCUCCCUUUUAGGCUCAACAGCAUGACAAAUUGCUUCCAAAGUACGGCGGAAGCUUCUGCCCUUGUCUUCUUGCAAGACAAAUGUGAUUUGUGACCUCAAAUCAGCAACGCAAAUUUUGAUUUUCGGAAACAUACCUUUUCAAUAUGGGGAGGGGGGAUUUUCCUUACGAUACAGUGAGGGUCAUGAUCAGGAAGUAGAUGCAAAAUCUUCCCGUACGAGCAACGAACGGGUUAGUAAGACAGGAAUACGGGCCGCAACAUCGACGAAGCCCGACUCUAUUUUCUCGUCUGUCCAGUCCUACCUCUGUCCCUACCUGCCGACGCUGCAGCGCGAAGCGCAGACCAAGCGGUGGAAGCCGAUCUUCGGGCAAAGCGGGCUGCUGUUCGACCUCGGAGUCGUUUUCGGGGUGCUGUAUUAUCAAAGGGAAAAAUCCCCCCUCCCCAUAUCGAAACGAAGUUUCUGAUGCCGGAUUUGCGUACACAAAUCGGGCCUGUCUUGCUGGAGAGGACUGCAGGCACAUGCCAAGCCUGGGUCGAGAGGUUUUGACGUAGGGGACUAGCAUGACAGAUGUCGGCUCUGUAAGCCCAACAGCAUCACAAACCGCCGGCAUAAUGCGGCGGACUCUCUGGCUUUGCCUUCUUGUAAGACAGACAGGAUUUGUGGCCUCAGAUCUGCAUCACAAAUUUUCAGACGAAUGCGCUUUCAAUAUGGGGAGGGGGGAUUUUUCCUCUCAAUAUGUAUCCGGAGAUUUUUGAAAGAACAGAAAUGGCAAUCGUGGAAGGAUUCUGGCCGUUCCGCAUGCGUGUACUAGGCGAGGGUGGAAAGAAACAGGGUAGCGCUAACCUUCCAGCUACGACGGCAUCAAAUAAACUCGUGCACGUGCCGAGGCGUGCAAACGCAACGCUUUUCCAGGAAAAGUUUCGCGAAGCCAUCCUUUUCCGACCGCCGUGGGACCAUAAUAAUGCCGUUACUAAGGAGAAUAGGAUAAGGAAUAGCAAUCACGCGGAUCAGAUGAAGAUUCUUAUCCCAGCGGUAGAUACCAUCUUGGCAGUGCCGAGCAGGGCCGCGAGCAAGGACGUGCAUCGAGUUGUAGAGCUUGUACGACUGCAGGACCAUAAGGAUGGGAAUAAAGCCGGCACUCGCGAACAAGCGGAAGAAGGUCAUCCAAACGGGCUAGCGAUUGACUUCUCCAUCUUGGCCGAUGGCUGCUCGUUCAAUCUCGUCCUGCACUACCUGUGGCGGCCACUGUCCGGCAUCGCGCGCAACAUAAACGCGGAGUGGAUCACGGUCAUAAACUUACCAUCAAUUCUAUGGAAGCGUCAGAUUUGAAAUCGACAAAGUUGAAAUGAUUUGUCAUGCAUAAAAUGCAAGGCAUGAAGUGCCUGUCUUGCUCUUGCCGGGAUGGCAAAUGAGGCCGACUGUGAGCCUGUUUAGGGUUUUAAAUAGAGCUGCUAAAGUAGCAUGACAAAAGCACUACUCUGUGCCCAAACAGCAUGACAAAUUGGAUUCCGGUGCUCGAAAAAUUUGUCAUGCGCCGCUUGAUAAGUGGGCUUCCGACUGGUAUCGGUUUUAUGCAUGACAAACUAUUUCAACUUUGACGAUUUCUAUCCUGACACUCGCAUAAAUUCUCCUUUUUGAGGCGGUACUGGUUUCCUUCUUUCUGCUAUCAAAGAAAAAAAGUUCGUCACGAUCACUCAUGCGCAUUCUUGCAAUACAAAAUUGUUUGUCAUGCGUAAAAAUGCAUCACAGCCAAACUUCAUUAGGGAUUUCUCUAGUGUUUCUGCAAUACAAGGAAAGUUUGUGAUGCUGAGAAAAUUUGUAAUGCGAAGCCUGCAAGUUAGUGACUGUGACAAACUUUUUUCUCUCCAUAUCUGCCUCUCUUACUACGACUUUUUUUAGGCGUGCUCACGCGGUACUACUACAAACUUUUUUUUACGAGUGCAAUCAUGUUGAAAAACGAUAACGUGAACGCUCAGGUUGAUCGCUGUAAAAAUAGUAAGCACGAUUGAGAUGCGUUUCUGCAAAAAGUUAGAUUUUGAUACGUGAUAUAAUCCGUGCCGUAGUACUUGCUACAGUGAGGCCGACCGUCCGAAAUAUCUAACUUUGCUAGAAUACAACAAUCGCAUCUUUUUAUCCAUGGUUCUUCAAAAAGAUUGUGUGAUCAGCGCAGGCAUUUUUUACUGCGAUAGUGCACGCUGGUGCUGGCCUGCUACGUAUUGUAUACUUCUUUUCUUUUUCAAAGCUUACCUUACAACUUUUGUGGUCCUCUUAUAUCUCAUUGGAUCAUUCAAAAUCAAGAGUAGCGAUUUGCUCCGACUAAAGUUAGUUCCAAGAUGCUAUGCUAAAUUUUAGAAAUAAAUUCAUGCUCAUCGCGAUUCUUCGUAAUCCUAGAGAGAUGCCACAGUCACAACCGCUUAGGUCUUGUGUUCACAAUUUCUGCGCUGGGCGAAAUCAGUUGCUUUGCUCCACUUAGGUAAUUCAUAGCGCGUACGAUCAAUAUUAGCACCACAACUUGAUAUAACGAACAAAUUGAAACUCGCAGCACACAACCGUACACACAUGAAUAGUCGAGGACGCAUUGCCCCUCACGGUAAUUUUUCAACUCACGUAAGUAUAUAAAGUACCCUAUUGACGGCGCGCAUACCCUAAUAGUACCAGGAUGAAACAGAACGACCAGAGCCCACCUUUAACUUUUCAUGUUUGUAAACGUUGUCAAUGAGAACCGCCUUGUUUUUGAUUUUGACCAACUCCACGGUUUUGUUUUAUCGUUUUCCCGAAUUCUGAGGACAGAACUUUCACAUUAGGUCCUCCGUAAAAAUGG